CCUUGGUGAACGUAAUAUUUUGAUUAUGCCCGCUAAUGUGAUUACUAGAAUUGAAUAUUACUAUCUUGGGCUUAAUUUUUAAUCAAUGUUAGUAGUUUUUAUUUAAGUUAACUCUAGCUUCAUUUAAUAAUUGUAUUAAUAAUGAGCUCGUCCGCCAGUAAACGAACUAUUUAUGUUGGUGGUUUAGCAGAUGAAGUUGAUGAAGAAGUACUUAGGUCAGCUUUUUUAGCAUUUGGAGAACUUUUAGAUAUUCAAAUACCUCUAGAUUAUCAAACAGAAAAACACCGUGGCUUUGCAUUCAUUGAAUAUGAAUUUGCAGAGGAUGCUGCUGCUGCCAUCGAUAAUAUGAAUGAUUCUGAAAUGUUUGGACGGACAAUCAGAGUAAAUCUUGCAAAACCACAAAAAAUCAAAGAAGGUUCGACAAGAGCAGUUUGGGCCGAUGACACUUGGCUAAGAGAACAUGCUGGAGAAACUGUUGAUGAAGAAAAUGUGAGCAAGAUAAAAGAUAAGGAAGAAGAAAAUCAAGGCACCAAAAAUCCUCAAGUCUAUUUUGAUAUUCAAAUUGGUAGUAAUCGCAAUGCAGGUCGUAUUAUCAUGUUGCUGCGAUCAGAUGUUGUCCCUAAAACAGCUGAAAACUUUAGGGCGUUAUGUACUCAUGAAAGAGGAUUUGGCUAUCAAGGUUCAACAUUCCAUAGAAUAAUUCCAGACUUUAUGUGUCAGGGAGGUGAUUUUACUAAUCAUAAUGGCACUGGAGGAAAAUCUAUAUAUGGUGGUAAAUUUGAUGAUGAAAAUUUCAAUUUAAAGCAUACUGGACCAGGUAUUUUAUCAAUGGCAAACUCAGGUCCUAAUACUAAUGGAUCUCAGUUUUUCUUGUGCACCGCUAAAACUAGUUGGUUGGAUAAUAAACACGUAGUGUUUGGUCACGUUAUCAGUGGUAUGGAUAUAGUAAAAAAAAUUGAGAAAUGCGGUACAAAGGGCGGAAAACCUACUGAGAAAGUUGUUAUUGUCAGCUGUGGAGAGUUAGUUUAAAAUUUAUUUGAGAAAAUCUCAAUUUUUAUUCAAAUGUAUAUUUUCUGUAGAUGUUUAUUAAACUUCUCAUG